AUGGUCAUCGCCUCUCAGCAACCCCAUAUCGCUCGGACUACCGACCGCAAGAUAUCUUUCCUGUCUGAGGUCCUCGUCCAAAUCGGCAAGGCAAAACUUGCUCUCGAUAUUAUCCCGGAUGACGCACAAGAGCAUAAAUACUAUGCCUUCACGACCAGAUUUCUUUCCUGGAUCGCUCAGACUACCACUGGGCUUCCGCGGCCCCGCGUUACGAGCCAUGUCGGGCAGUCGACUGUGUCGACGCCAGCCACAGCCACGGUGGAGCCCCCUUGGCUUGACGUUAACCCCCAAGGAAAGUUAACCAGGGGCGAUUAUCGAUGGGCAGUGCAUAGAGGAAUUGCGGAGCAGGACAGUAUCAUUAAUUACCCUGGAGAACGGGGCGAGCAAUCGCUUUCCACGCCCGACAAACCGGACGCGGAACCGGAACCAGAACAGCAGCCAACUAUCAGCAAUGUUCGGCGAGCUCGGCUCCCUCUUCCUCCCUCUUUCCGCGAUCAGGAGCCUUUCGUGCCGCUUCAACAGAAACCAGUGAUGAAGCGGGAUCCCUCAACGGCUCCUGAUAAACCGCGUGAAAUGGAAACCACCUCUCAAUCGCCUGACUUCAUCAUUUUUCUGUACACCAUGGACCCGGUGCUCGGCAUCUGGAAUACCCAGCCCAUUUUCCGCCGUUGA